CACCAGACGUUCCCUCAGCACACGUUCCUGAUGAACGGCCUGAUCCAUGGAGUCAAGGGUCUGCUUUCUUUUCUAAGUGCCCCACUGAUUGGUGCUCUCUCUGAUGUCUGGGGCAGGAAAUCCUUCCUCCUCCUCACUGUCUUCUUCACAUGUGCACCAAUUCCCCUUAUGAAGAUCAGUCCGUGGUGGUACUUUGCCGUCAUUUCCAUGUCUGGAGUCUUUGCUGUCACCUUUUCUGUGAUUUUUGCCUACGUUGCUGAUAUCACCCAGGAGCAUGAGCGCAGCACGGCCUACGGCUUGGUGUCAGCCACGUUUGCUGCUAGUCUGGUCACGAGCCCAGCAAUUGGUGCGUACCUGUCCGAAGCCUACGGCGAUACCUUGGUGGUUGUGCUGGCUUCAGGUGUUGCUUUACUGGAUAUUGGCUUCAUCCUGCUGGCUGUGCCAGAGUCUCUGCCGGAAGAGAUGCGCCCGGUCUCUUGGGGAGCUCCGAUCUCUUGGGAGCAAGCAGACCCGUUUGCUUCCUUGCGGAAAGUGGGUCAGGAUUCUACGGUGCUGCUCAUCUGUAUCACCGUCUUUCUCUCCUACCUUCCUGAAGCCGGGCAGUACUCCAGCUUUUUCCUGUACCUGCGACAGGUCAUUGGUUUUUCCUCGGAGACUGUGGCAGCUUUUAUUGGUGUAGUUGGAAUUCUCUCUAUACUGGCUCAGACAGUAGUGCUGGGAAUUCUCAUGCGUUCGAUAGGAAAUAAAAACACCAUCCUGUUGGGACUGGGCUUCCAGAUCCUGCAGCUUGCCUGGUACGGCUUUGGAUCGCAGCCUUGGAUGAUGUGGGCCGCAGGAGCGGUGGCGGCCAUGUCCAGCAUCACCUUCCCAGCCAUCAGCGCCAUGGUGUCGAGGAAUGCAGACCCCGACCAGCAGGGCGUGGUGCAGGGGAUGAUCACCGGAAUCCGGGGCCUGUGCAACGGCCUGGGGCCGGCGCUCUAUGGCUUUGUCUUCUAUCUCUUCCACGUGGAGCUGAAUGAAAUGGCGGAGGUGGAGACGUUGGGUAAGGCCUCCAAACCCAACAUGGCCAACCCUACAGAUGAGAGCAGCAUCAUCCCGGGGCCCCCGUUCCUGUUCGGGGCUUGUUCUGUCCUGCUGUCGCUGCUGGUGGCCUUGUUCAUUCCAGAACACAACCUCGCGCUGCGAUCGGGCGGCCACAAGAAGCACAGCAACGGAGCCCAGACCCAUCCCCACAGCCCGCAGGCCGGAGGGGCGGACGGCAAGGAGCCCCUGCUCGAGGACAGCAGCGUGUGAGGUUGGGAGAGGAGGAGCUGGCUCGCGUCUCCGCUCCAGGCUGGGGAUGGACUUGGCCAGUUGGAGGUUGGGGAGAGAGGGUGGGGGGAGAGGAGAAAUGGGGUCACAGACCGUGCUGCUGACAGCUAAUGAGAAGGGACAGGGCUUCCCUUCGAGCCAAAUACACCCAGCUGGUGCAAAAACGGAAUUGUAUCAUCUGGUGCUGAUGGGAAGGGGAGAUCCUGAACUGCUCCAUGGGAAGGGAUGGUUCUUUACAGCAAACCUGCCCUCGUACGUCACGGUGUGACCUGCCCGUUACUCGGCUCGCCAGUGGAACGCUGAGGAGCUCGCGUUGUCUUUGUUCUCUAACGGAGAUGCCGGCCAGGGUAAAUGAGGCGUCUGUCCCAUGCCCCCUCCCCUCACAGAGCUGGUCCUGGCUCCGAUCCCCCGCAGCGCUGCCCUCGGCCCGGGAGGCUG